GCUUCUCACAGAAUCUAUAUCGCUCGACUUUACCCGGAUAGGCGCCCUUCUUCACGUUUUUUGCACGCAGCUCUUCCUUCUGCCCUUCCUUCUGAAGAUAUUAUUCCAAAAUCCUUGCUCCCGAUACCAAGACGCGGUUGAGUGACCGCGUCACAAGGCGGGGUUGAAGCCUACGAGACUCCAGAAGACUUAGAAGCACGUUGGUUAUCCCAAUAGAGCCAGUGGACUACAUGCGAUUGAAUCCACGCCUCCGAAACAUCCGCGGAUCUUAUCUGCAACUUUCUUUGCCGCAUAGCUCAGUUGAUCACACAUCACCAUGCCCUGCUUUCUUGGACUCGCCGUGUCGGUUCAUACUCCGGAUGGACCUUUGCCAGAGUAUUCCAUUCAACGUCAAACGAAGCAUAGGAGAAUUACCGCCUACAUUCCGGUUCCUCCACCAACGAUACCCAAAGACUCCACAACCAAUCGACCCGAGCAGUCGAAGUUCAUGAUCAGUAUCACAUUACUGACACCAGGUCAAACGGUACCAUACAGCACUCCGAAACCAACCGCAGAUAACCCAUAUCCUCGACCGAAGCUUGUGAGCGGAUUACCUGGCUACGGCGAGAAGUCUACUCCCAGCUCGGGUCCCGCUGUUGGACCUUAUGUUCCAAUCACCUCCAAUCCGAACGAAACCAUCGCGGCAUACAUCUAUUUCGAUGGUCGCCCAAAGGAAGAAGUUGCGACCCUUCUUCGACGUGGUGAAGAGACGUGGGUGAACAGCCGAUGGGUAUCAAUUCCGGAAUCCGAAGGUGGAGGGCUUGCCGAGCGCGAUUUCAUCUUCCGCGAAGUCGGUCUUGAACGAUGGCUCAACGGAUUGGAUUUAGAGGGGAAGGACAAAGAUCGAGCCGCGAAAAUCGAGCGACGAAGGCAGCGUUUGGAAAGGAAGCGACGCGAAAAGCAAGAACGGAGAGAGAAGAUCAAACAAGAAGAGCAAGGAGAUGGAGAUGGAAUGGACAGCAUGGACUUGGGUUUGGGAUUGGAAUCCUUCAUCGAGUCUAGGAGAAAAAAGCUCAAGGAACGGAAUGGAGUAUUGCGAUAUGGUGAAGAUACUUCCGCUCCGGUCGAAGCCCUGUCGGAUGAUGACGCGAUAUUUACGUCCAACUCCGAUUCGGACGAUGAUCCGCCCGUGCCAGAAGCUGCGGGACAGAUCAAGGUCGCAUUAUUCCGCGUCCUUGCUUCAGGUGAGAUCAAGAGAGGCGAAUAUAGCCCGCAAUUCGAUGUUCACGAUGAUGAGGAAGGGCAAAGUCAAGGUGGAGAGAAUAGUGAAGCAGAUGUCGAUCACACGACGAGUUUCGCGAAACCAAAAGCUUUGGAUCCCAAGAGUAUUUCAACUCAAACUGUGACCGGCAUCGAUCCUUCUGAUCGACCAUAUGCCGUCUUCACGUUCCUAUACAGGGGACAGCGUCAACUGCAGAAAAUGGGCAUUCUACCGACAUCGACCCCAUCCAAGGCGACCGCUCCUUCUUCCAAACGGCGGUCACAGGUGGAUUUUGGGGAUCUGAAGCCGCUCAACAAGAAAACCGGAACCAAAAACUUCGCUGGAUAUCGGGAUUCCCAUGCUAAACCGUCCAUUCCCGGAAAGAAUGGCGCAAAAGAUGACGAUAUGGAGAGCGAUGAAGAUGAGGAUGACCAGGAUGAAGAUGAGGAUGACGAGAAGGAUCCACAACCAGAUCUAUUGAGUCCUGAGGAUGCAGCGCGUCUUGAAGGUGUCAGUGAAGGCGUGCGAAAAAUCAAACUCAAACGACAACACUCAGCUGAGCCUGUCGCCACAUCUCUUGAUGCAACAAGCACCACCGUCAACAUUGAACCUAUAUCAGGGGCUCAAUCGGCAGACAAAGAGAAGGUAGCUGGCUCCCCAACCGUUGGAAAUGGGACUCUGGGUCCUACAACUGCGGCAACCAAGCUGGCGGAAGAGUCGACGGAUGUCGCCGGCAGUCCAUUCAAACGACAAAGGGCCAGUAUUUCUGAUGCGGGUGCUGCGGGAAUUGUGGACGAUAUCGAAACCACAACUCCUUUGACGUUUGAGAAGAUUCUCCCCAAAGAACCUACCAAGCCAUUGACUCAGACAGGCACGGAUAUUGAGCCGGUGGACGAAGAGCUAUGACCUAGGGGCUUCCGAUUCGUCAAGUUGAUAGGGACCUCACAGAGGGGUGAUUCUUCUCCGGAAAUUGACUAGACUAUGCUUGUUGGUCUCAUGGGCAUCCCGUAACAUGGGCAUUCCAUGAACAUAGGGGACCUUUGUUCUGGUAUCCUUGGAGUAAUUGCUAACGAUUGUGCGAUUAGCUUGGUGCAAGGGAAGCGAUACAAAUUCUAAAGAGACAGGAAUUAUUCAUGCAACCGGGUCUGACAGCCAAGGACAUCGUUCCAUGAGAAAUGACACUGCAUUGUCAGAUUUACAUAAUUCCGCCUCAUUACUUAGGUCUUAGGUAGUGAAACAACCUUCACAUCCCGUUACUAUACAAAUGGGUAUCAUCAAUUCGAAGUGCAUG